GGGGUAACCAAGUGGGCUCUUUUUUGUUGGUCACAGUAUUACUGGAUUGAAGAUUUGCUGCUUGUUAAAAGCGUCAUCAAAAGCCUUUGUUUUGCGCUUUUUAUAAGAAAAUGGCUCGGAUGAAUCGUCCAGCACCUGUGGAAAUUACCUACAAGAACAUGAGAUUUCUGAUCACACACAACCCUACCAAUGCAACCUUAAAUAAAUUCAUAGAGGAGUUGAAAAAGUACAGUGUCACCACGGUAGUUCGAGUAUGUGAAGCAACCUACGACACCUCUCCAGUUGAAAAAGAAGGCAUUCAGUUUUUGGACUGGCCAUUUGAUGAUGGUGCUCCACCUUCCAACCAGAUUGUGGAUGAUUGGCUUACCCUUUUGAGAGCGAAAUUCCGUGAAGAGCCAGGUUGUUGCAUUGCUGUCCAUUGUGUAGCUGGUCUUGGACGAGCUCCAGUUCUGGUGGCAUUGGCACUAAUUGAAUGUGGAAUGAAGUACGAAGAUGCUGUUCAGUUCAUUCGACAAAAGAGACGUGGAGCUUUCAAUAGCAAGCAGUUGCUGUACCUGGAGAAAUACCGUCCCAAAAUGCGUCUGCGCUUUAAAGAUUCCAAUGGCCACCGAAAUAAUUGCUGCAUCCAGUAAUAUCAGAGGAUUAAUUGCUUAAUUCAUCUGAAGGCAGAGGAGAUUGCCAACUUGGGCUGUUUGACUGGGGAAUGCAAAAUAUUAGAUGUGCUUAUAAUGUAAACUGGUGCUUCCGUAGGAUUUGGGAGUUGGAGAUAGUGUUGUGUUUUAAGACCUGAGAUUCUCUUGCCUUCAGAUUCACUUCCUUUGUGAGCUAAAAUGUUGCUGCUGUAUGUUUCUAAACUAGAAUAAGAAGGUCCUUCCCCAAUUGGUUUGAGUUUAACUUGACUCAAUACAGUGAACAUGGAUGUGAGAUACAGCAUAAGUGCGCAAUGUAGUGCACGAUUGCUGUUUACAGAUGCAAAGCAAAGAUAUACAAUGGUUAAAUUAAGCACGAGAUUGUGCCAGAUUUUUUUAAACAGAUGUGAAGCUGGAAUCUUGCAAAUAAUUUUGAACACCUUUAUUCCUCUACACUGUCCCCAUGCCCUCUAUCCCAACUUCCUGUCUUGAGUCACUUGAAUUGUGAAACUACCAUUAACCUUUCGAUGUCAUUGAAAAUUAUUUCUGAAUAGGACAAUGCUAUAUGAACCUUGUCCACAGCUCUUUCAGAUGAGUGUCCUGCACGUUAGUGUCAAAGAUUUAACUCAGCUGGCUGCUCUCUGUACACUCAACACUGUUUACAUGCCCUCCCACAAUCACACUAGAACUAUUUGCUGCACAGCAGUACUGCAUCUAAGUUUCUUUUUUAAACUUAUCACUGACUAAAGUCAUAAUAGUUCUUUUGAAUGCCCACAUUCUGAUGUAUAUUACCUUUUAGAAAAGGCUUGCAAUGCAUUUAAUUGUUAAAUCAUGUGACAUACCAUUAACUUCUCACCCCACUAUGCAGUUGUUAGUGGCUGAAAGGGCAUAUCAGUUCAUAGAUUGUACACCUUGUAAUGUUCAUAGUGUACAUAAGCACACUUUGGUUUGACUUUCAAAAUAAAGCCUUACAAGAGAACACUGGCACUCUGCAAUUGAUUAGGGAGGGCCUGAAACAACUGGGGGAAUGGGGGAUGUUUAAUAUUAGUAUGUUGCCUUUUUGUCUUGUGCAGAAAAUUAUAUUGGGGUUUGCCCAUGACGUACCAAGUAAUUUUUUAAAAAGUAGAAAUGCUUUGUUGUAGCUAAAUUCAUACUGUACAGUAACUUUCUGAAACUUGUAAUCUUUCUUUUGAUGUACUAUUGGAAGUUUACCAAUUGUCAGAAGCGUGAUUUUUGAGUUUCUGCUUAAACUAUGCAGGCCCUGAUGUCUGUAAUAUUUUGUAUGCCUUUUGAAUGCAUAAUACUUGGAUACCUGAUCAUUUAAUUAUGUAAUUUGAUGCAAUGUUGUAUUAAUGUUAGAUAAACCAUAUUUAUACUGUCUUGGGAACGUGUGGUAUAGUUGUGGGAGGAGUAAUUUGCCAGUAUUCACCAGCUUGUUUAAAAUCUAGUGCGAGAGCUUGUCAUCUGAAAUAAAAAAUGGGAAAAAAAAA